AUGGUGAAGUCAACAGGUAUACUGGACAAAUCACUAAGCAAAGGGAAGAAUGAGGUGAGCUUAUCGACGUUUGCUCUCCUUUUUGCAGAGGUUGUAAAGUACGCACAAGAGCGAUCAGAGACUGUGACAGAUAUUCAUGACAGACUCGCCUCCUAUGGAAAAAUUGUUGGAAUUCGACUUUUGGACGUGAUAACAUUACGUGAGAAAGGAUAUCGCAGGGAGACCAAGCUUCUUGGAAUGUUGAUGUUUAUAAAGUCAUCUAUAUGGAAAAAUUUAUUCGGGAAAGAGGCGGACAAAUUGGAGCGUUCUAACGAUGACCAGUGUACAUAUCUGCUAAUUGAAAAGGAGCCUGUCGUAAACACCUUUAUAUCUGUGCCAAAGGAUAAAGGCAUGUUGAAUUGUGCAGCGUUUGUUGCAGGGAUUAUUCAAGCGAUGCUAGAGGCAAGUAAUUUCCCUUGUCAGGUUUCGGCUCACUGGUGGAAUAUUGGAACCGCCUAUGUAAUUCGGUUUGAGGAGAUUGUAAUUUCACGAGAAGCUGCACUAGUAGAUGGGCCUAGAUAG